AUGGACUAUCUUUUGCUUAUAUUGUCAGCUAUAGCAAGCCUUGCUGUAGCUAAAAUCUAUCAAAUGCCGUUGAUGAGGAUAGAAUCAAGUAUGGCACAAAUGAUACGAAAUGGAACUUGGGCGAAGCACGUCCGAGAGAGAAAUAACCUCAGAAGGAUUUAUGUGUGGAAUGAUAUUAGAAGCACUACCGCGCAAAAUGUGGCCAUCGACACCGGUACAGCCGAUACGUGGGUUGUCGACUAUGCAUGUGGAGGAGCAAAACCGCUAAUUUGUGAUGAAUCUAUCUGCGAUCAGGGACGUGAGUCAAUGGGGCCAAGAGUCGGAUUUAUCACAUUGCAGCAAGCCUUAUUUUAG